AUUCUAUAACUGGUCUAAGGUGCAAAAUGGGUCUUGGAACACUUGUGUGACGUAAUGUUUCUUAUAUCUAAAAUUUCUUCUAGGCCUGUUCGUUUAAAAAUCUCCCAAAAUAAUUAGUUUUCAGUAAAAUUUAAUGUAGUGAUACAAAAAGUGUUCCAAUUCUACGAUACUAUUUCACAAAAUUCCAACGUCAGCAGGAAUUUUGCUUGUUUUAUCAACACUACACAUUCGUCUAGGAAGCUUCAAGUUGAAGGUGAACAAGAUAUGCAGACUGGUGAUGGCUGCCUUCUCAAUUGUGGCUUUUGUUGAAAUAUGCUGCAUAGAAUCGAAAACUGUCCUGGAAUGAACGUUGAUUGUCGGCACUAAUAAUAGUCUUCUACGGCUGAUGAUAGCAAAGUUGAGUUGUUGAAAAUGUUCAAACGUGAUUCCAGUGGGACAUUUUCUUGACCGUUAUUCGCUCUAUUUCAACAGAUAAUCCAGAGCAAGUUCCAAUGCUACUCAAUAGAACGACUGAGGAGAGUGAUACUACUUGUGAUUUUAUCCCUGACAGCUGUGCUGAGUGCCAUUGGUGAUAAUAAUAAGUGAUGUUCUAUAAAUCAAGAAGAAAUAGGUGUCUCGGAAACAGUCUACAUGAUUGUUUCCUUUAAUAUAAUAUCGCCUUCGAGUUAGCUAUUGGUGUUGGAAUCGAGUGUUCUAGUAUCGUGAAUUGGAUGAUUUCAAAGACUAUUGAAUCUGUGAUUCUAAGACAUGUUUCGAGAUUGUUUUUCGAGUAGACUGAACUAAAAAUAACUUAUAAUCAUUAGCCUAUUCCCAUUCAAAUUCUACUAAACACUACUUAUCAAGUAAUUAUUGAAUUCUACAAAACAAGAGAUUCUUUUGUUAGGUAGACUAAACAUUCAUUUUCGAAUAACUGAUCAUCGCUGCUAUUGAAUAGUGAUUUGAUAAGCUGAAUUGGAUAAAACAAGUCCCAUAAUUUCAAAUACCCAUUUCCAUAAACUCUGAUCCUCGCCAAACCGAGGAUAUCAGGAUUGCUAUAUUUUGUUGAGUAGACUGGAACAUUUAUGUUGAAAUAAUUGUGAUUGGAAGACUAUACGUGUGUACUUGUGCGGGAACUCGUUGCGGAUCGGCAUGUGCGACGACUCUAGCGUUCAGAAAUGGACGUGCGAGUACUGUACGUUCGCCAACUUUCCGUCGGCGCUGAAGUGUACGAUGUGUCGGGGCGCCAAACCGCUGCUCAACGAGAACAUCUUCCGGCUGCGAGAUGAGGGUUCGGCGUCUUCCGGCUCGUCAGCCUACGAGUGGCCAACGGCAGCCGAGGAAUGCUCCAACAGCCGACCGACCAACGACGCCACAGACCUGCUGCAGGAGGGCCUGAAACCGUUGCGCAUUUCCGACCACUCUGACGCAGUCCCUUCGGCGGCCAGUUCGGUGGACUCGAAGUGGUCGUGCUCUGUCUGCACCUACGAAAACUGGCCCAAGGCGACUCGUUGUGUCAUGUGCGCCACUCCACCCCCCCAUCCACGCCUCUCGCCCACCGCCGAGGGCGCCACCAAUCGCCACGCCUCUAACAACUCUGAGCAGCCCAACAACCUCACCGCUUCGUUGAGAAGGUCGGCAUCGCGACGCAUAGACGAAAGUGGGGGCCGUGCGAUGCCCGACUGGGUGUGGCUGGACGCCUGCCUGGGGGUGGUGCAGGGCGAGUGCACUCCAGUCGAUAACUACCUCUCCGGGGGCGGCGACCCCACCCGUCAGCUCACCGCCAAGGAGGUGGCUCUGCUCGACCGCCCCUCCGCCUUCGACACCGGACACACCCUCGUGCAUCUUGCCAUCAGAUUCCACCGCGAGGACAUGCUGGCGACGCUACUGUCACGCAUGGAAGGCAGUGGGUCGGGCGUGAAGCGAGUUCCCUCCUACGUGGCUCCCGAUCUGGCCGCCGACAUCCGCCGCCACGCAGCCGCCACGCUGCGUCACCGCAAGGCCAACCCACCCAUUCCAUUCUUCACAGAGCUCGCCACAUUUGCUCUGCCUGCUGAAAUUGUAGACCUGCCACAGGCAGUGACCGAACAGCUAUUUGAAGAGCUGCUAGACAAGGACGCGCAGCAGCAGCUAGAGGCCGAUCCCCCCGUCAUCAACUGGUCGAUAGAGCUCACCGUGCACCUGGGAUCCAGGCUAUAUGCGCUCUGGAAUAGAUCUGCCGGUGACUGUUUACUGGAUUCCCUGAUGCAAGCGACGCUGGGUGUGUUCGACAGAGACAACCUUCUUCGGCGUGCUCUCUCCGACUCUCUCACUCAGGCUGGUCAUGUGUUGUACGCGCGAUGGCGCGAAUACGAGUCAUGGCAGGCGCGACUGAUGCACUACUCGCUGGACGAGUCGCAGUGGGAGCAGGACUGGGCGACGCUGCAGUCACUGGCCACCCGGCCUGGCUGCAGCCUCGAGCAGCUGCAUGUCUUCGCCCUGGCCCACGUGCUAAGGCGACCCAUCCUCGUCUACGGCGUCAAGUAUGUCAAGAGCUUCCGUGGCGAGGACAUCGGUUACGCCCGUUUCCAAGGCGUGUAUCUGCCACUGCUGUGGGACACGUCGUUCUGCAUUCGGUCGCCGGUGGCGCUGGGCUACACUCGCGGCCACUUCUCGGCACUGGUGGCCAUUGAGCCUGAACCACCACACGCCACCACCACCAACCACUCUGCGCCACCUCCCUGCCACUUCCUGCCUCUGGUCGACCAUGACGGCAAGCUGCUGCCCAUACACUUUGUCACGCACGCCGAGGCGGGAGGUGAAGAGGCUUUACUGAGACAGUGGAUGGACGUGUGCCUGACGGACAACGGUCUUCUGGUUGCUAAGCAACGCCUGAAUAAGCGUCCUCUUCUAGUCGCCCAAAUGCUUGAAGAGUGGCUCAAUCACUAUAGGCGGCUUGCGCAAAUGUCGAUUGCGCCGAUGAGCGCGCGACCAAUCCCGGUGCAGGACUACUCGAGUGAUGGCGACUCGGACGACGAGUGACAUCCAUCCUAGUUCUAUCUCAUUCUAGUUGCUAGUGCGGUUCAAUCUGUGAUUUCUUUCCAUUAAGACAAGUUCUCUUCUAUCGUUGCAUGUUCUCUCAUUUACUACAACCUAGCUUAACACAGCUUUAACACAAUAAAUCCACCUCAAUCCACCCAAAUCUAAAGUAAUAUCCUCGCUCAAUGAGCAAUCAACGAAAUAAACACACAUUUAUCGAAAAUCUGUUUUUAUUCUUGAAUAAUAAAUAAUUAAUACUAGCAGAUACUGCCUCAGCGAAUAUUAAUAAUAUUAUUACAGUUACAUGUUUUCUCAAUUCGAUUCUAGUUUAAAUUUUCAACUCAACAAAGUAAAACUAAGUAUUUAUAAUGUUGAAGAUGUGAAUGUAAUUUUUCUACUGAUAGCACAAGAUCAAUUAUUAUAAUUAUAAUAGAGUUGUGACGAUAAUACUGCAAUGGAAUUAGCUAAUAAAUGGAUUGUUGCUUAGUUUGUUGUGUCGUUGAGUCCACAUGUUUCAAAUGAUGCACGAAUCAGGUUUUAUUAAUAAUAAUAAUAAUUAGAAAAUUCUUUAUACAAUUAGGUGUAGUGAGAGGGGUAUUUAUUGUUGUAAAUUUGUAUUGUAGUGCGCUUCAGUGCAUGCUUGCGUGCGUGCGUGAGUUGUACGUAAGUGUGUGUGAACGGUUAUGCAUGAUUAUAAGAAGGGGAGUGCAAUAAAAAUGUUACAUACUUAAAAUCUAGUUAGAUAGUUGAAAAUUUGUUUCUGUAUAUUUAUUAUUUACACCGUAGUUUCGAAGUGAUAAGAUAUUUUUUUUCUAUCUGUUGAAGCUUCAAUGAAAAUUAUUGUCUUUAUGAAUAUUUUUUUAUUGUUACAAAAAAUAAACAAGCACUUACGUUGAAUA